ACCAGUUCCUUUAAUGCGCAUGCUCUCCACUCUACCGACUUCACCAUUUUGAUGGAGACCAUCUUAAAAAACAGUUUGGGUAUACAAUACAAUCGGAAGAUACCUCAGCUUCGUAACAAAACUGUUUUAGUAAAAACACAACUAUUUGUGGAAGACGUGAAUUCUUUUAACGCCCUAGACAUGGAUUUUCGAUUAGACUUUUUCUUGUGGCAUCAAUGGAACGUAACUGGUAAAUUUUGUUUAACGUACGAGAACAACUUAAAGACGUUAGGAAUGGCAGAAAACUGGAACAACAGUUCCGGAAAAGAAACCAUUACUCAAGAUCACUUCGGCCUCUUCUGGAUUCCAGAUACUUAUAUAACUAACGCGAAAAGCGUCGAAACUCCGUCCAAGGUCACGUCCACCGAGGCUUUGACCAUAACGAAAAUGGUUGAUACUUGUGUAAUGGAAUAUACAGCAAG